AUGCGGAGUACAUCUGCAAGAAAAUUCACCUUUAGGGAUCUCGCAAUAGCCACCCAGAACUUUAAGGAAACCAAUUUGAUCGGGGAAGGAGGCUUCGGAAGGGUUUUCAAAGGGCGGCUUGAUUCGGGCCAGGUGGUGGCCAUCAAGCAGCUUAAGCACGAUGGACCUCAGGGGAGUAAAGAAUUCUUGGUGGAGGUUCUCAUGCUGAUCAUGUUGCGGCAUCCUAAUCUUGCGAGUUUGAUUGGAUACUCUGCCGAGGGAGAUGAGAGGCUGCUAGUUUACGAGUACAUGCCCGAGGGCAGCUUGGAAGAUCACUUGUUUGGAUCUGAUACUGAUGACGACUUCAACCCUAAGCUCUCUGAUUUUGGACUCGCUAAACUUGGUCCUAUCGGUGACAGGACACAUGUUUCAACGACAGUGAUGGGCACAUAUGGCUACUGUGCUCCUGAUUACGCGAUGAGUGGUAAGCUAACCCUGAAGUCUGAUGUAGACAGUUUCGGUGUGCUGCUUUUGGAGCUGAUAACUGGACGACGAGCUUUUGAUCCUUCAAGGGCUCGUGCAGAGCGGAAUUUAACAAUAUGGUUUCGUCCUUUUCUCAAUGAUCGGAGGAAGUUUUCGCAGUUAGUCGAUCCAUCUCUAGAAGGACGAUAUCCACCACGAGCCUUUCAUCAGUUGGUUGUCAUCGCCUCAAUGUGUCUUCAGGAGCAGGCGCAUGUUCGGCCUAUCGUAGCUGAUGUCGUCUUUGCUCUAGACCAUGUGGCAUCUCAGCCCUAUGUCCAAGGAUCCGACUCCAAGAUCAUCAAAUCCUCUCCAUCCCCCUCUUGA